GAGCGCUCCUGGAGUCCCGACGCGCGGCUCCAGAGCUCGAGUCCCAGGACCCAGACGCGGCCCGCGGAGCCCGCCGGCAGACGCCGCGAUGCACAGUCCUUGGUUGCUGCUAGCCCUGGCAGCAACCCUGACCCUGACCCUGACCGGUGUUCCCGGAGGCCAAGCUCAGCCCGAAGCGGCCCAGCAGGAGGCCGGGAUGGCCACCGAGGACCCCGGCCCGGACGGCUUUUUGCACCAGACAGAGCGCCUCCUCCACCUGCUCCUCCGCGAAGACCUCCAACGGCUUCCAGGGGACCAGGGCGAGCACUCAGAGUCCCAGAUCCUUCAACCCGACUGGCUCUUCAAGCAUCAGCAUCCAGGCAGAAGGGAGGAGGAGGCAGAAGAGGGAGUUGAAGAGGAGGAAGAAGGGGAGGCUGUGGGACCCCACAAACGGCAGCACCCUGGCCGACGGGAGGAUGGGGUCAAAUGGUCAGUCUCUGUAACCCAGCACAAGCGGCAGCACCCUGGCCGGCGCUCCCCCUGGCUUGGGUACGCUGUCACCAAGAGGCAGCACCCAGGCAGACGGCUGGUGGACCCCAAGGCCCGAAGAAGCUGGGAAGAAGAGGAACUGGAGCGAGAGGGAGAGCUGCUGGUGCCUGAGAAACGCCAGCAUCCUGGCAAGAGGGCCCUGGGAGGCCCGUGUGGGCCCCGAGGAGCCUGUGGUCAAGCUGACCUCCUGCUGGGGCUCCUUGAUGACCUAAGCAGGAGCCAUGGAGCUGAGGAAAAGCGGCAGCACCCUGGGCGGCGGGCAUCCUGGGUCCCGGGGCCCCUGGAGGAGUGAGCCCAGUUUCCUAUAAAGUCAAGUUUGGGAUCUAAGAAUGUCUUGAGCCCUGUGUCCUACCCCAUCAUAACCCCUGCUUUCCCCACUCCUUAGAUCCCUGACUGUAAACCUGAGCCCCCUGUACACACAAGCACCCAAGCCCCUGGCCUUGCCCUCUUCCUUUAGGGACACGAGAAAGCCAGCCUAAAAGUUAAGACCCCUAUUUACCCCACUUUGCUCCACAGGCAAGGGGGCAGAUCCCAGAGUCCCUCACUCCCCGACUCCCACAGGCCUGCGCCCCUUCCUUAUCCCUGGCUGAGAUGAUCCUUCUCUGUCUUCUAAGGCAGGGUGCUUCUGGGGAGGGCAGCCAGUGAAGGG